GAAUACCUGAUAUGGGUGGAUCGACCGCAAUAUAUGUGGACGAUGCAAGUCAUUGUUGCCGUUAUCAGUAUCGCACAAACAAUCGUCAUUUUUUAUCUCAGCUAUAAACUGAGAGUAUCUUCGUUUCAGGGAAGUAUAUUCAGAUUGCUCUUGAAUAUCUCUUUCUUACUCGAACUGGUCACCAGUACGCCACUCAUCGUAACUGUAAGUUCUGAGUAUUUCACAACAAUAAUAUUCCUGCAAAUUUUCUAUCCUCGAUGGCGACACGUGUAUGUACCAACUUUUCUGAAUUGCUGGCUCGCCAAAAGCGCUCUGCAAGCGAUUCUCAACGAUCUGAAUCGAGUUUCACCGCGUAUGCAGUCUGCAUUAUUCCGUCAAAUGAUAAUAUUACUUUCAACAUUGGUAUGUCUAAUUUUUACGGGUAUGUGCGGUAUGCAGCAUCUUCAACGCGGUGGCGAUAGACAAUUCGAUUUAUUCACUUCAUUUUAUUUCGUUGUCGUUACGUUCUCUACUGUUGGCUAUGGUGACUGUUAUCCAGAUACGUGGAUGUCGCGUUUAUUCGUGGUUGCUCUCAUUUGUGCCGCAAUUGGUAUCCUUCCUUCACAGAUCGAAGCACUCGGUCAGACAUGGCUGGCCAGGCAAAGAGCUGGUGGUGAAUACACUGAGGGUUGGGCGAAGUGUGAAAAGCACGUCGUUGUAACGAUCACUCAUUUGGAAGCUGAAUUCAUCCAAGACUUCUUAACUGAGUUUUUUGCUCAUUCUGAACACCAAAAUCACUUGAUAAUUUUGCUGUCGCCAUGUGAAAUGGAUGAUCGAAUGCGAAUGCUGUUGAAGAUACCGUUAUGGUCAUCACGUGUUUUGUACAUUCGCGGAUCGGCGUUGAAGGAUGAGGAUUUAGAACGUGCGCGAAUGUCCACCGCAAAAGCUUGUUUCAUUCUUUCAGCGAGACAUAUUAAUCAAAAAAAUCGCACGGAUGAACACACCAUUCUGCGCUCAUGGGCAGUCAAGGAUCACGCUCCACAUGUACCACAAUACGUGCAGAUAUUUCGACCCGAAACAAAAAUGCACAUUGAACACGCUGAGGUGGUUGUAUGCGAGGACGAGUUCAAGUACUCUAUUCUGGCCAACAACUGCAUUUGUCCUGGAAUCUCCACAUAUCUCACUCUCCUCAUUCAUACGUCUCGCGGAGAGGAAGGCCAGAAGUCAACCGAACCCUGGCAUCAAGUUUAUGGCUUUCAUUCGGGUAACGAAAUAUACGACAUCAGAAUUGGAGAUAGUAAAUUUUUUGGUGAAUACAUUGGCAAAUCUUUCACUUACGCGUCUUUUCACGCGCAUCGAAUGUAUGGAGUUGGUCUGCUCGGUGUACGUUCGCAUGGCAUCGAUGAACCUAUUCGACUGAAUCCGGGAAAUGGUUAUUGCCUAAAAGCAAACGAUACGGCUUAUUAUAUUGGAUUAACGAACGAAGAAUCAUUGUUUAAUUUCAAGAAAGGAAUGAGCGCACAGCGACGAAAGGCGACCGUUGCGACAUCGAUUGCCAAUAUCGGAACAGUUGCACUGGAUGUGCAAAGGAUUGCUGAAGAGAAACCGAAACGCAGACGGAAACGUUUCUUAAAGUCGUUACGGACAAAGGAUAUGGCUGGAUCGAGCCUUAUACAGGUGCGACUCUUCAGUCCAGAAGCAAAUUGCAAUCGUAAACCUAGUAUUUGUCCGGUUUCAAGCGAUCAAGGAUUGACGGAUGAGGAAUCAGAAGAAGAUAAGCUGUGUACGAUAUGUAAGGAUGGAAACUGUAUUGAGGAUGGGUAA